AUGGACGGCAUAAUUGAGAAAGUCAAUAAAUUACAGAAUUUAUGCACAGACAUACAGAACCCCAUUAAUAUACCACAAAUAAUCGUGGUUGGUGCACAGAGUUCAGGUAAAAGCAGUAUACUAGAGAAUAUAAUUGGCCAUGAAAUACUCCCACGGGGCACAGGGAUGGUCACAAGGAGACCCCUUAUGAUACAAAUAAUUAACACAGAGAGUGCACCGUACUGUACAUUUGGACACCUCCCUGGGCAAGUGUUUAAGUAUACAGAAGUAGAAGCAGAAAUACAAUCGGAGACUGAAAGGAUCUUAGAUAAGAAAAAUGACGUGUCCCCGAUCCCGAUCGUAUUACGUAUACACAAACAGGACACAUUACCAAUUACACUGGUAGACUUACCAGGUAUAAUUAAAGUACGCUCGGAGGGACAGCCUGACGGGAUAGUAAAGAAGGUUGAGGAGAUAGUCCGAUCGUAUAUUCAGAAUACGAAUACGGUCGUAUUAGCAGUGACACCUGCUAACACUGACAUAACCAGUUCUGAUGCAUUAAUGCUAGCCAAGGAAGUCGAUCCUGAUUAUGAGCGGACUCUUUGUGUACUCACGAAAGUGGACUUAAUGGAUCCUGGGACUGAUGUACUAAAUGUCUUACAGGGUCGGAUAAUUAAUGUAAAAUUAGGGUUUAUUCCUGUUAUAUGCCGUGGGGAAUUAUCUCUGCGUGAGAAUAUUUCUAUUUCUACGACUAUAAUCAGGGAGAAAGAAUAUUUUAAAACGCAUCCUGUAUACACAAAAAACAAAAAAUAUUGUGGUAUACCGUAUUUAAUCACGAGAUUACAUGAAUUAUUAAAGACGAGUAUAGUAAAAAGCACUCCGUAUCUUCAGGACAGGAUAUCCUUCUUAUAUGACAAAGCCGAGAAGGAAUUAUUAAGUGUGGGGUUGCCUGUUAUAGAUGAUAAGCAAAUGAUCAUGCAAGUGAUUAGUGAAUUUACACAGGACAUGGACAGAAAAGUAUCAGGAACACCGAAAACCAAAGCAAAGUACAUUUCCAAGGAGAUAAUUGAUGGUGCCAGAGUAUCGUAUACAUUAGAUGUACUAUUCACUAAGACGAUUAAUGAGCUAGACUUAUUCGAUGCGACGGAUACUGAAAUUGAGAAUGUGAUACAUAAUACGUCCGGUGUAUUCGGUGGUAGAAGUACGUCACAGAGUUUAUACCACUUUAUAGAAAUGGCCGCAGAUAAAGUACAGCCGCACUGUGUACACGCAUCAACUAAAAUAUUCCUAGAGAUGCAACGGAUGGGAGAGUCUUGUUUAGAGACAGAGCACUUAGAGAGGUUCCCUAAAUUAAAACUAGAAAUAUGCAAGACCAUUACGACCCUGUUAAAGGAGAACCUUAAACAAGCAACUGCCAGUAUUAAAUCAUUCCUUCACUGGAACACUGUAUAUAUACGGCCUAAUACCACGAGUACAUCUCCUACUACUGUAUCUGCAAGUGUUUCUGGUGAUAAUGAAUACUUAGUUAAUCGUACCACAGAAAUAGAAGUACUUAAGCAUACGGUCAUAGAGUACUUAAUUGGGUUUAAAUCCACUGUUGUGCAGCAGGUACCUAAAAUAAUCAUAUUUGAAAUGGUCUAUAAAACCAUGCAGACCCUUCAGCAGAGACUUAUUGAGAGUAUUUAUGUACAGGAGGCACUCAGUGACCUAUUAAAGGAAGAAUCUUCAACAAAAGAAAGGAGAGAACAAUUACAACUCACACUUAUAGCACUAGAAAAAGCCAAAGAAAUAACAAAUACGUUAUAAAUACAU